AGAUUACACGCAGAGGUGACCGCAUGGAUAAUGCAAGUUAAUAAUGGAACAAAAGAAAAUCACUGCCUGGUGGUUGGUAUGCAUAUAUAGAUGUGUCACAUGCUCAAGUCCCCUACACAAAAUUUCAGCAAAUGGAUAUGAAUAUUAUCAUUCAACUCCUUUUCCUCUUUCUUUUUAUGCUGUUGAUUUGUAUCAAGUUUUGGAAACACAGUUGCAGAAGCUCUCCGUUAACUAAUUGGCCGGUUUUGGGCAUGACACCGGGACUCCUCAAGAAUGCUCACAGAAUCCAUGAAUUUGUGACCGAUGUUCUUAGAGAAAGUCGCGGUACUUUCCAGUUCAAAGGUCCUGUAUUAGCUGACUUGGACUUGCUUGUCACGUCUGACCCUGCUGACAUUCACUACAUCCUCAGCAAAAAUUUCAGCAAAUACCCGAAAGGCCCUGAAUUUCGCAAGAUUUUUGAUAUUCUUGGAGAUGGGAUUUUUAAUGCUGAUGGUUGUCUUUGGGAACUUCAUCGCAAAACUACAACUUCUCUGUUUAAUCAUGCAGGGUUUUAUAAGAUGUUGCUUGAGUCGACGAAGAAUAAAGUGAAGAAAGGGCUGAUCCCGGUUCUUGAUCAUGUCUCGAGAAAUGAAAUUGAGGUGGAUCUGCAGGAGAUAUUUCAGAGGCUUACUUUUGAUAACAUUUGUUCCCUGCUUUUAGACCAUGACCCUCAAAGCCUCUCCCUUGAUCUGCCUUAUAUUCCAUGCGAGAAAGCGUUUACAGCAACUGAGGAGGCACUUCUGUACAGGCAUAUAUUGCCUCAAAGCAUUUUGAAUCUGCAGCGUUUGAUUGGAUUUGGUAAAGAGAAAAGCUUAAGUGAAGCUCGAGAAUCUUUUGAUGAGUUCAUAUAUACUUGCAUCUCCAGAAAGCAGCAACAAUUAAAAACCGGAGAUUCUGAUCACUUGUCUGCACAGGAGGACCAUAAACUAGAUUUGUUUACAGCCUACGACGAAGCAUACAAAGGAAAGACUGGAAAUCCUGAAAUCUUUUUGAGGGACACUUUCUUGAAUUUAAUGAUUGCUGGAAGAGAUACCACUAGCACAGCCCUUUCUUGGUUUUUUUGGCUCCUUGCCCAAAACCCUGAAGUUGAAUCCAAGAUUCAAGGAGAGAUCAAAUCAAAGUUGCGUUCAGAAGAAGAAGAAAUUUGGAUGCUUUUUAAUGAAAAGGAAGAUUUGGGUAAAUUAGUUUAUCUCCAUGGAGCUUUGUGCGAGGCUUUAAGGCUCUUCCCACCGGUUGCUUUGGAGCACAAGGCACCAAUACAACCAGACAUUCUUCCUAGUGGUCAUCCGGUGAAUAAAGACUCUAAAAUUGUGCUAUCGUUUUAUUCCAUGGGAAGAAUGAAGACCAUCUGGGGAGAAGAUUGCUUAGAGUUCAAGCCAGAGCGAUGGAUAACUGAUAGAGGAGGGAUUAAACACGAACCUUCAUACAAGUUUCCUGCAUUUAAUGCAGGGCCAAGAACUUGUUUAGGUAAGGAAAUGGCUUUCACUCAAAUGAAAAUUAUUGCAAUAAGUAUUAUACGAAAUUACAGAAUUGAUGUUGUGGAAGGUCAUCAGGUAGUACCAAGUGAUUCUAUUAUUCUGCAAAUGAAGUAUGGUCUGAAAGCCAAGAUAUCCAAAAGAAGUGUUAGUUCUUGUCAAUAAUAUCAGCACUGCAUUUAGAAUUUUGGUUUUUGAAGACUGGAAUAUGAAUCAAAUGUAAUAAUCUAUGCUGUAAUAUUACUAGUUUAAGUCUGUCUAUGAAUGAUAUGAAAUGAUACAGGUUGUUUGAUACA